AUGGAGACCGAUGAAGUUGGACUUGAGGAGCGCCUAAAGUCUGCCCUGUGGCUGUCUAUCGGCAAGAUCGUUGACGAGGAGACCAUCAAGCUAGGCGUCAACGCUACGCCGCAGUUCAUCGGUGCUCUGACAGAGAUGGUGUGGGCUCAAAUCGAAACGGUCAGCCAGGACCUAGAGUCCUUCGCCAAGCAUGCCGGGCGGUCGACGGUUAAUGUCACAGACGUGAUGCUGCUCGCUCGCCGCAACGAGGGUCUGGAUUCGAUCCUCCGUGCAUUUGUGGAACAGCAACGCGAGAAGGCCUCCUGA